CGACUCCUAUCGAUUUUUGGAAGAUCUCCAAAUCCAUUUUGGCCGUAUUUACGGUCUGACCGCGCCGUGCGCUUAUCGCAUGCAGCUGGCGGGGUCAAUACCAGCUGCCGCUUGCCCCGAGCGGCCUGGCGGAGGUGCAACCCCUGGACCGUACAGGCCUACACGAGCUACGAAUAGCUAGCCCUCAUUUUACUAUCGUAUCGUGGGUCGCCCGCCGACGGCGUAUCUUGGGUAGGCUUCGCUCUUUUGUCGAGGCUUGUCCCAUGGCCUGACGCUUCUUGGUCGACCAUUCCUCUCCGUCCUCACACUCGUUCUCGCCGGUGCAUUUGCUACCCAGUCGCUCGUUUCCCCACGCGUAAUGCCAUCAUGAUUCCCAAAGGGUUCCGCCUUUCGUCCACGCAUCUUGUUUUCUACAUUUCUACAUUCAUUAUAGCAACACAACUAUGGUCUCUGUGGAGCCAGUCGGCGAAGGGUGGAUGGAACUCACAUGGACCACGUAAUUUCGUCUUCGAUGCGGAUAAGCACGCAAACGUGCACACUUUCAGCCACAACCAGUGUGACAGCUCUUUCCCAAAGCUAUACCACAGCCUGGACCAGUCGGUAGCUCGGCGGCAGGGGAGGAAAGUGCACAUUGACGAUAUUGCUAUUUCAAAGGGGAGAUGUAUGCUCCGGCUGUUGAUCCACGGAGGCGAGCUCUUCGUCGUGGAUUCAGGCAAGCCGGAAGAAUGCUAUGUAACGAACGGAAACGAGCGUGAACGCAUCCUAGGCACUCUUGCUCAAAUCGAUCGAGCACUCUCCACAUCGCCAACUUCCGACCCUUCCGUACCCAACAUUGAGUUCUCACUCUCCCUCGACGACCUGCCGCGACGCUCGAAGGGGAAGGGCGUCUUCAUGGGCUACACCCGCAAGGAGGGGCGCGAAUACAACGACAUCUGGAUGAUGCCCAACUACGCCUACUGGUCCUGGAACUACACCCACGCGCCCAGCUGGAACAGCAUCCGCCGCGAGAUCGAGCUCAAGGAGACCGAAAUGCCUUGGCAGAAGAAGGACCCGCGCGUGGUAUGGCGCGGCAAGAUUAAGAUGGCGAAGCUGCGCAAAGAGCUCGUGCGCGUCAGCGAGGGCAAGCCCUGGAGCGACAUCAAGCCCGUCGUGAUCAACAACGCCUCUGACGUGCACACCAAGGACGUCAUGAACCUGCGCCAGUUCUGCGGCUACAAGUACACGGUGCAGACCGAAGGCACGUCUUACUCGGGCCGCCUCAAGUACCUGCAGCUGUGCCGCUCCGCGCUCAUCACCCACCCCCUCGAGUGGCAGGAGUUCCACACGCACCUGAUGCGUCUUGCGGGCCCGGACGUCAACUACAUCGAGGCGUCCGAGAACUUCGGCAACCUCGAGGCCGCCAUGGACUACUUCCGCGAGCACGACGACGAGGCCGAGCUCAUCGCGCAGAACAGCUACAACACCUUUGCUCGCCGUUACCUGACCCCUGCAGCCGUAACAUGCUACUGGCGCCGGAUGUUCUGGUCGUGGUCGUCGGUGCAGGGGUAUACACCACAGCUGUACACGGCGGAUAAGGAGGGCAACAUGGUGAUGCGCGGGACGCCGUGGACGGCGUUUGCGGCGAACUGGCCGCACGAUCCGUCGGUGAUUCCGUGAGGGCGUGAGAUAGUGUUCAGGCGUUCAGGAUAGAUACGAUACCCGCGUUUAGCGUCAUGAGCCAAGCAAAGUGCAGUAGUCCAUGGAG